CGUGUGGACAAACAACAACAGAAAGUAUGACAACAACAAUGGUUGUCACUGAAACGGAAUUCACAUUGAGUAGCUCAACAGAACAAAUGGAAGAGACUUCAAGUUCUAUAACGAUUGUUGAACAAGACGAAACAACAUAUACAGUAACAACCUCUCCAGUUACAAGUGUAGAAAACAAGGUCACAACUUUAGAUUCUUCUUCUUUUGAAUCAACAACAUUAGAAUCGACAAUAACAAUAUCAACUGAGUCAGCAGAGAUAUCGGAAGAUGUAACAACCUCUCCUGCAGAUACAACUACAGUGAUAUCAACAACUGAAUCAUCAUCCAAUCCAACAACAUGGGCAUCAACGACACUGGAAACAACACAAACAUUCACUACGAACCCGCCAACUACAACAAACCAAGAAACAUCAACUGAAAGCUUAACAACUACUGAACCAAUCACAUCACCAUCAACUUCUACAAACAAAGAAACAACAACUGAAAGCUUAACAACUACUGAGCUAAUCACAUUGUCAUCAACUUCAACAAACAAAGAAACAACAACUGAAAGCUUAACAACUUUUCAACCAAUCACAUCGUCAUCAACUACAAAAACAACAUCUACAGUGACGACGACAACUACAAGAAACUCAGAAACAUUAUCACCUUCCGAAUCAACAACAACAUCAAUAAUAAGUACUGACGGCAAAACAACUGCGAAAGAAGAUACAUCUCCAGCUACAACAACUAGUGAGCCUAAACCAAGCCUUAGUACAUCAACUUCGAAAUCAACAGAAACAUCCAAUGAACCUGUGGGCACUACUACAUCAUCUAAUGCAAAAGAUACCGUAGAAGAAUCGACUCAGUCAAAAGUGACAAACACUCAUUUGAUCGUUGGAGCCUCGGCUUCUAUUGUUGGAAUAGUAUUGAUAAUGAUAAUCAUAGGACUUGUAGCCAAAAAAUGUAGUAAAUCGAAUAAACAACACCAAAAACAACAGGAAGACGAUGGACCAAUCAGAGACUGGAGAGACCUUGCAUUGGCGGGAAAACAAAACAGAGAUUCUCAGUACAAUGCCAACUCGUCCUCAUCCUACAACAGAAAUUACUACGUUGCGCACUCACCUCUGCAUCACUUCAAAUCUAGUGGCGGAUCUCGUCAUGUGGACGCCAAUAAAUAUCAAAGAUAUUGACAACAUUUAACUUCAUACUCUAUUGCACAUAGAUAGAAAUUAACCUGUUCUAAUAGUUUACUUAUUCUUAUAGGUAAAACUUACUUAAUUUGUAUAUAUUAUUUACUUUGAAGCUG